UCUCCGUCGUCGUUUCGCUUCUGUUGGUUUGGAUCUUUUAAUUUUAAUUUUUUUUUUUGCUAAUACUUUUCUUGAGUGGAUUAGAAGAGAGAAACAAUAUCGAAGUCCGUAAGACUGGAAAGCUCCUGUUCAUGUCUGUUUCUUUCCCUCCUCUUCUCGGCAACCGAAAGGAGUUUUAAUGUGUGGUUUAUUCGCUAGAUUCUUGAGUCUUGAAGAUCUUAGGGUUUCCGCGGCUUGUCGAAUUCGGAAUUGGAUUCUUUACACAAUUUAUCAAUUUAUUUACAAAUUUUGAUGCAAUUUAAAAAUGUCUAAAUAAAAAACGUGAUAUUCAUCGUUAUUCUUCCUAAAAUUUAUUGUAAAAUGUCGUUUGGGAUGGAUUUUAGGUUUUGGUGUUGUGUAACUUUGUGGCAAUCGUGAACCUUCUAACUGCAGUGUUUCGGUAACUGCAGAACAUAUGUUCUCUGACUACCAGUAGAUGUUUGGUCUUUUAAGAUACUUUACACAACUGAUAUUUCCAUUUAUUGUCUCCCGUUUGAUGCAUUCUUUCAUCAUUCUCUUUUACGGUUUGAAUCAGUAGUGUAAGGAAUGGACCCAUCUGCGACAAAUCCUGGACCAGUCGAUCCUUCUAUUCUCUAUGAUCAAGAGAAACAUGUCUCCUCUGCGGUUUGGGAUGGCCAGGAGCGUGGUGCAUUGAGAUGCCAUGAACACACCUCAAAGCUGGGAGAAUGGAAGCUUACUCCCAAACAGAUUGAGUUGGUGGAGAAAGCUGGAUUUGGCUACUUGAGAAAGAUUCCUGCCAUUAGCCUAGACAACCCACUUAUUUCUGCACUGGUGGAAAGGUGGAGGAGAGAAACUAAUACAUUUCACUUGACUGUUGGAGAAAUGACUGUGACCCUUCAAGAUGUUGCCCUUCUCCUUGGACUCAGAAUUGAUGGGAAACCGGUGAUUGGAAUAACAUAUACAACAUGUAGCACAGUUUGUGAAAGGUACCUAGGGAAAGCACCGGACUCUACUUAUGCAAGUGGCGGGAUGGUCAAGCUUAGUUGGUUGAAAGAGUUCUUUUCAGACUGUCCUGAAGAUGCACCCAUGGAUGAUGUUGAAUGCCGCACACGUGCUUACCUUUUGUAUUUAGUAGGAAGUACAAUUUUUUCUACUACCACUGGGAAUAAAGUUCCUGUUAUGUACCUGCCUCUAUUUGAAAAUUUUGAGGAAGCUGGGAAGUUUGCAUGGGGUGCAGCAGCAUUGGCAUUCUUGUACAGGGCACUUGGAAAUGCUUCCGUCAAAUCUCAAAGCACAAUUUGUGGUUGUCUGACACUGUUACAGUGUUGGAGUUACUAUCAUCUGAAUAUCGGUCGUCCAAAGCUGAAUCGGGAUCCAAUCCAUGAUCACUUCCCAUUUGUUCUUAGAUGGAAGGGGAAACAAAGUGGCCCUACAACAAACAGAGAUGUAGUCUUUUACCGGAAGGCACUGGAUUCGUUGAAACCCUCUGAUGUAAGUUUUUUUCUGUUGCUGUUUGGUUCAUAUUCAUUUUCUUGAAAAUACACAGAAAAGAAGAUAAUUUA